CCACAUAAAUAGUUGCUACCAUUUUGUGCAUUUGGAGCUCCUCUCCUCAUAUACGCUCUCUCUCAUUCUUGUCGUCCUCUGACUCUCCUUUCACUCUCUGAUCGAGACAAAACAGUGGAGUAACUUCUUGAAGGAAAAAAAAAAAAGUCUCUUAAAAAUGGGUCAGAUCCAGUACUCCGAGAAGUAUUUCGAUGACACUUUUGAGUACAGGCAUGUGGUGCUUCCUCCUGAAGUCGCCAAACUUCUCCCUAAGAAUCGCCUCCUCUCUGAAAAUGAGUGGCGUGCGAUUGGAGUUCAACAAAGCCGUGGGUGGGUCCAUUACGCGAUACAUCGCCCGGAGCCACACAUUAUGCUGUUUAGGAGGCCUUUGAACUUUCAGCAGCAACAGGAGAAUCAAGUUCUUGCUAAGUGAUUAGGUUUUACGCCGAAUACUUAUAUCUUAUCAGCAUAAUCAUUAUUAUUAUUAUAAUAGCUGAAGAAAUACCAAGAAUGGAAAUACUUUGGUUUAUGCUCUGCGUAAACGAUAUGGGAUUUUCUAGUAUCGUGUUUUGUGAUUCUCUCUUGUGGAGAAUUUUGUCGUCACGGUUUGUUUGUUUGUUUUAUGUGUUGUUUGAUGACGUUAUGGGCACUGGUUAAUUAGAUGUUGAUGGAAGUCUAAUGAUGGGUUGUUGUAGAUAUUCUUCUCCGUUUUUGUGCUUGCUACUGCAAGUCUCA